AUGUUUUCUGACGAGGAAAUAAAAGAAAGCGGCCUGACGAGACCCGGUGAUGAGCUUAUAAGUAUACACGAGGUAUGCUUGGUUGACAAGUACGAUAAGAAGGAUUUUGGCUUUAACAGCGAACCGCUCUUAUUUAAUUCCGGUCGCAGUAACUUGGACCACCUGCGUUUCUUCCGUGAUGGUUUCCUAGAAGGUCUCGAGCAGCAGCAGGCCAGGUUCGCGUGGACGGAGGAAGACGGGAACAUAGCGUCGCUGGUCUCCGCGCCGGGGUUUGGUACUGGAACGACCUUUGGGAAGGAGCUUGAAGCUGAUCUUAGUAGUGAUUUGAAGGAAGCUGAUACUUCCAGUACGACAACAGGAAAGAACAGCAAUGGACUUAUUUUUACGCCAAAACCGUAUGUCGAACCUAGCACUGUGUCGUCUACAUCAGGAACAACUAAUACAGACACGCAAAAACCGAAAGGCAAGAAUGCCUGUAAAAUUGAUAAGAAAGAUCCGCGAUCGAGACUACACUUUGUGAAAUAUAUUAAGAGACAUGGACGAACUAUAAAACUAUGGGAAUGCGGUAUUUGUAGCCGCGAAUUCCAACACCAGUACACGCUCAUGCGGCACUUGCCGACGCACACGGACGAGCGCAACUACCACUGCGACGAGUGCUCCAAGAGCUUCCGGCAGCUGUCGACGCUCAGCCAACACCGAGCGAUACACUCUGCCGAGCGGCCGUACGCGUGUGAGGUGUGCAACAAAACUUUCAACCGCGUGUCGACCCUGAUCUCCCACCGCAAGACCCAUUCCGACGAGAAGCCCUACCGGUGCCACAUGUGUCCCAAGGGCUUCCAUCAGAAAGGUAACCUCCGUAACCACCUGUUCACGCACACCAACGAACGUCCGUACCGCUGCAACAUUUGCAACAAGGGCUUCAACCAGCAGUCCAAUCUUGUGUGUCAUAAGAAUAAGGCACAUCCUGAUGAAAAUGGGGAGACUAUCAGCAUUGAUAAAAUCUGGAGUCAGAAUUAUCGACAAAAAGCGACCAAGGCGAAACCGCAUAAAUCGAGACCACCAUCAGAGCAUUGCGAAGUAUCCUCUUCAGUUGGGCCGUACAUUCCACCGGAGUCGCUCAAAUGGGAUCAAAGUGACAGCGCCUGGAGCAACGGUGUGAUAGUCGACCCGAUAAAGACGUACCACAUGGGCGUUGCCAUGGCAACCAGGCAGACGCCGUUCGCUCUGCUGCAAUCUGAUAGUGGACUGCCAGUAUUGGUUAAAGUCGUGGAUACAAAGCUGCCUGGGGGUAAACAGAUGCUGGUUCCUGCGACAGCUGAGGAUCUGCGCGUUGGCGGUAAAAUUGUGAUGAAGGAAGACGAAUUUGAUUAUAUUGUGCAGGACGUAGACGUGGAAACGCUGCCAGCGGCGGGCGCGGUACAGAUCCGCGUGCCCGUGGUGGCGACGGUGGUGCCGCGCAUCCGGCCCGGCGGCGGGCUGCACCUCGCCGUGCGCGAGCCGCACACCGCCUACCGCGCGGCGCCACCCGGUGAGAAUAACGGUGAACCAUGCAUAAGCAUAAGCCAAGAGCCGCAUACUUCGUCUUGCCAUAAAAUGCUGAAUAAUCUGAACACUAAAGAAACGAACAAUAAUAAUGAUGAAUCUGGGAGACCAGGUCCCAUAAUAACGUCUUCAUGCUCCUUGCUGCCACCAGCGCCUUCUCCGCCGUUGGAUUUCAUUCCUCUGGAUUUGUUUGAGCCGAUGGAGUGUAUGCCUAUGGGCCCUCAAAUAACUGCGGUGGAUAUCGACCAAUCUCCGCCAUCUGAUGACUCGGAUAUAUUCAUCACUAAAUUUGAGGAAAGCAUUCCGCUCUCUGACUCUGAUUAAACGACUAUGGCUGCAUGUAGAAAUGUAUUUUUUUUUUAAUUCUAAGA